GAAUCAGAAUGGAACUGGGUCAAGUGGGCGGGGCUACAUAAGGCGAAUAAUGGCACAGAUAUAAAGAUGAGUCCUCUAUCUAGCUCUAUGCCCCCAAACGAUAGGAUUAUGGUUUAACUUGCGAGGUUGUUUCUUUUAUUUUCGUUCAAUUUUUGGUUUUGGACAGAUUAUUUGAUGGAGAACGGUGGCUUGUCAUGAAACUCUAGACUCAGUAUGACAGGUGGCUCAUUCAUCCCCCCUCCUCUCCCAUGGAGAACCUAUUCCCCAGGUCGUUGCUGUAAAUAUGUGUUUUCAGUCGACUUACUUGGUGAAGAGUGAUUCCAAAAGAACGUUGAAAUCGAGGGUAUCCCCAACUGUGAUGCAGCCUAACUCCAGUGAGCUGGGUGUCCAUCAGGCAGGACAUGGUUUGUCUCUGACGCUACUGACCAGGACACCAGCAGGGACUACAGGGGGCUCUGCUGUCCCGGAGACUAGUGGAGCGGUCCGGGUACCUAUCCUCUCCAGCGGGUCCUGGGAGUCAUGUAGAGGAGGGGCGUCAUCCCGUAGGUCCAGAGCUAGUUCCAGAACCAGUUCCCACAGCCACUCUCAUUCACAUGGUGGGGGACACCAGCACUCCCACAGUGAGCCCAGUGAGGUGGACCCGGCUGAUGCUGAUCUGGAGUCAGGGGAGCCCAGCACCUCAUUCUUGGAGCUGCGCUACCUCUUCCGCUGGGUUCAGAAGAGUCUUCCUUUCAUAAUCAUCCUUUGUGCUAAACUGGUCAUCCAACAUGCCCUAGGUCUAGCUGUUGGAGUUGGCUUAUUUACAACUUUUCUUUAUGUGAAUAAGAACAUUCAAACCCAAGUCUUUCUUCAGGAUCGUCGGUCAAAGAUAGAGUGCGUAUGGCUGCUCCUCUUCCUGGCGUCCUCCACACUCCUGCUUUACUACACUUUUCUCACUGAGACACUUUACUAUUGCCUCAUCUUCCUAAACCCAGCUGUUGAGCCCCUAGGUUUCUGGGAGGUCCUAUGGGUGGUGGGCAUCACCAACUUCACACUCAAGUUCCUCAUCAUGGGGUUUAAGUGCCUUAUCCUACUGCUGCCCUCUAGCCUGGUGACCUACAGAGCCCAGGGACGGUGGUACAUGCUGACUGAAGAGAUGGGCCAGGUGUACCAGGCUGUGGCUCCCACCCCCCUAUGGUUCCGCUACCUGGUCACCUACCAGAAAGUGGAUGGAAAUACUGGCCUCACCCUGGGAGUUCUGCUGGCUCUGGUCUACUUCAUACUAAAGCUUUUAGGAUUGUAUGGACAGUGGGGGUCUUUCCAGAAAACUGUGAGGAUAUUUCUCAGUGGCGAGCACACGGGGGCAGCAGCCACCAGGAGCCAGUGCAGUGAGGCUGGGGACAUCUGUCCUAUCUGUCAGGCAGAAUACAGAGACCCAAGGGCCCUCCUGUGUCAGCACAUUUUUUGUGACGAGUGCAUUGCUCUCUGGUUCAACCGGGAGAAGAUGUGUCCACUCUGCUGCACGGCCAUCACAGACAAGGUCCACAAGUGGAGGGACGGGGCCACGUCACCUUACUUCCAAAUCUACUGAGAGAAGGGGACAAUGGAGGAAAGAAGUGGAGACACUUUGCGAUGUGUGAAUGACAGUUGUAUUAACAGCAAUACUCCACUUAUUGGCUUGUGAAGCUGAUGACCACACUGUUCCUCCAUUCAUUAAGGGCUGUGCCUACUACUGGCCAAUGUCAGUAAGGGCGCAUAAUAUUUGCAAUAGGAUUGGGAUGCAUUCAGCACCGUGGCAUGUUACUGUUACUGCUGCAACUGUAACUCCCUCUCCGACUGUCACUUUUCUACACGACUGACUGACAGUAGUUCUCUCUCUGCAUGCCCUCUAGUGCUGUUUUUAGUUCCUUUUCUUUCUAAACGUUUAGAUUUUUUAUCAUGAUGUGAAAAUAUUCAUGUUUUUUGUUUUCACAGCCAGCCUAAAAAAACAGACCAGACAGCCUCUUUAUUAGGCCAGCUGUCAGGGAAUAGCCUGUUACCACAUCUGUGUUUGCCAUUGAUCAUAGGAUUUGGCAAGACAGCACAAACUGACAGCGUGUUGCAAAGGGGAUGCCAUUCUGUGUCUGAUACAGGCACUCAGACUAGUAGUGGUUAAAGAACAAACUGACAGCGUGUUGCAAAGGGGAUGCCAUUCUGUGUCUGAUACAGGCACUCAGACUAGUAGUGGUUAAAGAACAAACUGACAGCGUGUUGCAAAGGGGAUGCCAUUCUGUGUCUGAUACAGGCACUCAGACUAGUAGUGGUUAAAGAACAAAAUGUACUCAACACAUUGAGAAACAAUAAAUAGCAACCUUGGUGUUUGUUAAGAAGUUCUUAAUUUUGGGGAUUUAUUCUUUUCAAAUGAAGUCAGAUUUUUUACAUUUGUUUUCCAGAUGACAAAAAUGAGAUUUGGUUCGAUCCUUAAAAUAUUUUUCUAAAGCGAUGACGGUUACAUCCUUUUUGAAAACCAAAGACUGGGAGAAUCCAUUUAUUUUAUCAUAUUUAACUAUGUAGUGAAAUCAGUUCAUUUUUUUUCUUGCAUAAAAUUCCUUUUCUUUUCAAUUAUAGCCUAGAUGCAAAUUGGCUCUGGGUGUUUUACAUUUACUCAUAUAAUACACACAAUGUUUAAGCUUGUUAUGAAACAACUUUGUCUUUCAGUUAUUUACAAUCCAUUCAUCAUUAAAAUGAAGUGUGCAGAGGUCUGAGGGACACACAGAAAAGCAUCAAUCUAGCCUGUCCCUGUUCACAUACUGUUCUCAGGAGGAAUUCACAGUAACAUGAAACAUAUGUACCAUAUUAUCUAAUGUUCCAUUAGGCCUGCCAUAGAAGUGAACUGAAAGCAUAUAAACACAACCUGGUAAGUGUUGGUCCCAUGUUUCAUGAGCUGAAAUAAAAGAUCCCAGAAAUGUUCCAAACA